AUGAAGAAGAAGGAGAUUGCUAGUCUCUACGUAUGUGAACUCUUUGUUGACAACGAAGAUAUAACGCGAAAUAUAUAUAGCACUGCAAUAUGCAUCCUGUAUUUCGUGGUCCUCGUGCUGCACGGGCCGUUUGCUCCUAAGAAUGUUUUCCGCGCAAGGCCGAACGGGUUAAUUUGUUGA